AUGGCGGCCCGGGCCCCAGCGUCCGGCGCCGCGCGCAAGCAGCGCCAGGCGGCCGGCGAGCCGCUGCGCGCGCCGUCCAAGCAGGAGCUCGCGAAGGCGCGGGAGACGGCGCUGGCGAAGAAAACCGCCGAGCUGCCGGACGCCGUCAAGGAGGCGCUGCACGGGAAGGCCCCGGAGGCCGCGGUGUCUCUGGUCCUUCACGACAAGGGGCUCGAUUCGGCGGAGUUCCUCUCGAUUUUCCGGUCGCUCAAGACGCUGGACUUCUCGUUCAACCAGCUGACCUCCACCAGCGGGCUCGAGACGCUCCAGGGACUCAAGCAGCUGCUGCUGUAUGAAAACCAGCUCUCCUCGAUCUCAGACGUCCUGUACAUCACCUCGCUCCAGGAGCUCUCGCUCGAGGGCAACAAGAUGACCGAGCUCCCGCAGCUCAUGGCGCUGCGCAACCUGCGCUCCCUCAACGUCUCCGGCAACCAGCUCGAGGCCCUGGAGCCGCGCAGCUUCAAGGGCCUGGCGCAGCUGACGACACUGCGCGCCGAGCGCAACCGCAUCAAGGACAUCCGCGGCGUGGGCAGCUGCCCCGCGCUCCUGGAGCUGACGCUGGCCAGCAACGACCUCCGCCGGCUGGACGGCAUCCAGCACUGCACGCAGCUGCAAGACCUGGUUCUCGACGGCAACCCCCUGGGGUCGCUCGCGCACCUCCGCCCGCUCGGGCCCGCGCUGGACGCGCUCAGUCUGUCCGAGUGCCGCCUGACGUCAGUUGCCGCCCUGCCCGACGGGCUCGAGGCCCUCGCGGAGCUAUACCUGCAGGGCAACGAGCUCGCCUCCGUCGAGGGCCUCGCGGCCAAGUGCCCCGCGCUCGAGACGCUCGACCUGUCGGACAACCUCCUGACAGACCCGGAGUCGGCGAAACGGGAGGUGUCCGCGCUCGGGGGCACCCUCGCGGACCUCCUGCUGCGCGGCAACCCGAUGAUUGGCACCACGGUGCCGCACGACGAGUACCGCGCCCAGUUUUGCCGCGCGGCGGGCCCGGCGCUCCAGACGCUGGAUGGCGCUGCCGUGACGCUGGGCGACCGGCACGGAGGGGAGGCGGGGCCCGGGCGGCCGGGCGCGGGCGGCGGCGCGGACGUUCUGCGGCUGGACGGCGACGACGACGGCGGCAUCGGCGGCGACGUCGGCGGCGGCGGCGACGGCGGGGUUGAGCGCGAGCUGGCUGCGUACAUGCAGCGGAUGAAGAUAUCGGCGCCGGCGGAGGCGCUGGAGGGGAUGGGCGUGGACCCGGUGCUGCUGGCGGAGGCGACGUCGGCGGCGCGGCGGGGCGGGCGGCCGUCGACGGCGUCGCGACCGACGACGGCGCAGGCGAUGGGGGCCAAGGUGGGCGGGGGUCCGCCGCUGAUGCACGCGCGGACGUCGCAGCGGACGGGCGCGGGGGACGGCAAGCGCGUCAUCGGGGCGGAGGAGUUCGCGCGCAGCGCGCAGGAGUUCAGGGACGCGAUGGACGGGUACGCGCAGCGCAUGCGGCAGGUGGUGGAGGAGCUCCAGCGCGACAUGGAGGACGACGCGGAGACGCUGCUGGAGCGUCUGAAGAAGGAGAACCGCCUCGACGGCCCGAACCCCAUCUCGGUGGAGUUCCCGCAGUUCCCGAAGUUCGAGGUGAUGCUGCCGCGGCUGCCGGCGCGCGAGCCGGACGACGCCGGCGCGACGUCGAGCGAGCAGGCGCGGGCGGCGCGCAAGGCGGUCGAGGAGGCCAUCGGCCCGGCGCCGGCGCUCCCGAGCCGGGACGGCGCGAGGGAGGACCGCGGGGCUGGCGGGGGCGGAGGUGCGCGGGCGCGGAAGCAGGCGGGGAGCGGCGAGGGUGCGGAGGCGCAGGGGGGCGCGGAGGAGAAGGGGUUCCGGGGCAAGGUGGACCUCUCGAUGCGGGGGCUGCGGCCCGAGGGGGGGUUUGUGGUGAACCGACUGAAGAAGGGCAGGGGGGGGGUGUUGCGGGGCGGGGCGCGGCGCAGCCGAAGAAGGCCGCGUCCGCGCGCUUCCAGGCGUCCAAGACCCCCGCGAAGGCGCCGUCCAGCACCGGCCUGA